GAAGACGUGGAUUUUUAAAAUGUAAGGAACCUGCUCCAAUUACUUGAAAUGCUAUUGUUUUGCCAUUUAAUGUGCAUGGUCCAUCGUCUGUAUUUACUGAACCGUUUCCUAAGCUGUAGAGCGAACUUUUCCGCCUUUUCCACCCUCGGAUAUUUUGUCACCCAUGACUGAAACAAUGGCGUUGAGUGGAAACUCUAAAGCUAAAGACAACAGUUUUCCAGAUGUUAUUGAACUAAACGUCGGGGGGCAAGUGUAUUAUACCCGACACGUCACGUUAAUAAGCAAUCCUGGCUCCCUUUUGGGGAAAAUAUUCUCUCCUAAAAAUAACGCAUCGAAUGAUCUCGCCAGGGACCCCAAAGGUCGUUAUUUCAUCGACCGGGAUGGGUUUUUGUUCAGAUAUGUGUUAGACUACCUCAGAGACAAGCAAGUUGUCCUCCCUGACCACUUCCCCGAGAAGGGGAGGCUGAGGAAAGAAGCGGAGUACUUUCAAUUGCCUGAUUUGGUGAAACUCUUAAGCCCGGACGACUUGAAGCCCAGUCCCGACGAAUACAUCCACAGUGAUUACGAGGAUGGGUCUCAAGGAAGCGACCAGAGAAUGUGCCCUCCACCCUCGCUCGUUCCCGCCGACAGAAAAAGCGGGUUCAUAACCGUCGGAUAUCGGGGAUCUUGUACGAUGGGUAGGGAGAGUCAAACCGAUGCCAAAUUCCGGAGGGUGCCACGGAUUAUGAUAUGUGGGAGGAUUGCGCUGGCCAAAGAAGUUUUUGGCGAGACCUUGAACGAGAGCAGGGACCCGGAUAGGACCCCUGACAGGUACACGUCCCGCUUUUACCUCAAGUUCAAGCACCUGGAGCGCUCUUUCGACAUGCUCUCGGAGUGUGGUUUCCAGAUGGUCGCGUGCAACUCGUCAGUGACGGCCUCGGUCGUCAACCAGCACACUGACGACAAGAUAUGGUCAAGUUACACUGAGUACGUCUUUUACCGUGGCCAUUCUCGCUGGUCAUCUCCACCUUGCGACUGCUGCUGCAAGGGUCACAAAGGUGAAGGCGAAGGUGAGAGUGGAACCUCAUUCAACGAGCUCUCCACCUCCAGCUCGGAGAGCCACUCCGAGGCCAGCUCCCCGCAAGGCACCGUCAUCCGUGGCCCGGUCAGCCGGCAGACGCACGUUCAAACAUUGGACAGGCCUCCAAAGAAAGGCCCCGUUCAGCAUCUCCUGCAGCAGCAGCAGUCCGAGCAGCGCCGCAAGAGCGACCUUCUCCGGACGCUCACCGCAAGUUCCCGGGACACCAGCACCUGCAAGAAACGGCCGGCGAAAGAAAAGUUGACUGUGGAAGAGGAACUGGACAAAUGCAUCAAGGACUUCCGCAAGAUCAAGAUUCCUGCGCAUUUUCCCGAGCGCAAGUACACGUGGCAGGUCGACCUCCUGCGCAAAUACCGUCUUUGAGGGAUGGCGGGUUUCAACCGUUUUCAAACCUUAAGCGCAAGCUACAAUA